AUGCGUCCUCAGACUCUCAAUCGAUUUUUUACGACUACCACCCAUAAAAUCUUUAGCUCGGUCGCACGCUCAAGAAGGAAUGCGAGUACUACCACCAAUGAUCAACCACGAAAUGAAUAUGAUGUGAUUGUAUUGGGAGGUGGUCAUGCCGGCACCGAAGCUGCUUCUGGCGCUGCUCGUUGUAAUGCAUCUACACUGCUUGUUACCAAUAGUUGGAAGACAGUAGGAGAAAUGAGUUGCAAUCCGAGCUUUGGUGGGAUUGGGAAGGGUACAUUAGUUCGUGAAAUUGAUGCUUUGGGUGGUAUUUGUGGAAAAGCCUGUGAUGAAGCUGGAAUCGUUUUUCAAAUGCUAAAUCGAUCUAAAGGGCCUGCUGUCUAUGGACCUCGAGCACAGAUGGAUCGUCAAUUAUAUAAACAAUCGGUUCAAAAUCAACUUCAAAAGUUUAAUCAAUUGGCUAUCAAAGAGGGUACUGUUACCGAUUUAAUCCUCGAACAUGACAAUCUUCUACAUCGAUCCUCAGGUCAUCAAGCUAGAGUUUCCGGAUUGAAAUUAGAUACAGGAGAGAUUAUCAAAUGUAAAUCCCUGGUGAUUGCUACUGGUACAUUUCUUGGAGGAGAAAUUCAUAUCGGAAUGAAAUCAUCACCAUUUGGUAGGAUUGGUGAAAGUUCUAGUACAUCACUUUCAAAUUCAUUAAAAAAUGUUGGAUUUAAAUUAGAACGUCUCAAGACAGGUACUCCUCCACGUUUAUUAAAAAAUACCAUUAAUUUUUCAAAUUUGUUUAUUCAAAAUGGAGAUCAACCACCUACUCCAUUCUCAUUUAUGAAUCAGACAGUUCAAAAUGCAACCAAUCAAUUGUGUUGUUGGAAAACUCAUACUAAUGCACAAACUCAUGAUAUUGUUAGAAAGAAUUUAGACAAGACAGUUCAUAUUCGUGAAGAAGUCCGAGGUCCAAGAUACUGUCCUUCAUUGGAGUCAAAAGUCGUCAAGUUUCCAGAUCGAGAUUCUCACAUGAUUUGGCUUGAACCUGAAGGCUACGAAUCGGAUUUGAUUUAUCCUAAUGGACUAUCUACCACUAUCCCACCUGAUGCUCAAUUACAGAUGUUAAGGUCAAUUCAAGGUCUAGAAGCUGUGGAAAUUCAUCAGCCAGGCUAUGGCGUGGAGUAUGAUCAUGUGGACCCAAAAGAGUUGACAAAUACGCUCGAAACCAAACGAAUCAAGGGCUUAUUCUUGGCUGGCCAGAUCAAUGGUACUACUGGUUACGAGGAAGCGGGCGCACAGGGAGUCCUGGCUGGUAUCAAUGCUGGUCUCUCGUCCCAGAAUGCGUUGCCUUUGAUCUUGACUCGAGCGGAUUCUUUCAUCGGCGUGUUGGUGGAUGACCUCAUUACAAAGGGUGUUCAAGAGCCAUAUCGGAUGUUCACAAGUCGGAGUGAAUUUAGAGUUUCUUUAAGAGCUGAUAAUGCUGAUCUACGAUUAACCAAGAAAGCUAGACAAGUAGGAGUAAUUGAUGAGGAUCGAUGGGCUACGGUUGAACGUACAAAAACUCAAAUUGAUCGAUCAAUUGAGGCUCUUCAGGCUGUUUGUUUGUCACAAAGGGCUUGGAGUCAAGUGGGAAUUAAAGUUAGAGAGGAUGCUAGUUUGAAAAGUGCGUUUGAUGUGUUACGAGUACAGGGUGUGAAGAUUGAACAACUCUGCGAGACUGUACCACAGCUCAAAAACGUUGAUCCGGAUAUCUGGCGUAGAAUUGAAGUUGAAGCUCUUUAUCGUCCAAUCGCAAAUCGUUAUGAGCAUAACGCGCGUCAAUUGGAAGCCGAUGAAUUAUGUCGUUUACCACCCAACUUGGAUUAUCAUACACUUGAAUACCUUAGUAUUGAAGCUCGACAUAGGCUUGAUAGUGCUAGACCAGAGACUUUGGGAGCUGCUAAGAGGUUAGAGGGAAUCGAUCCUAAUGCAUUGAUUUUACUUAGUAAACAUCUUAGACAGGUUAAACAGAUGAUAUGA